UAGUGGUUUAUCACCCAAAAAUACGGUAGAGACCGGCCGGCCGAUACGAGAAUUGUUCUGUGCAAAAUGGUAGCCCCCAUAAACUUUGGAAAUAAUUAACAGAGUAGUAGAACUACAAAUGUAAAUCAGUGGAACUUUCAACAGACUGUUAUAUUUGUUUCAUCCCUUUGAGCUGAAAAUCUGUGGUACGAUCAUCUAGAGACAACAAAAUAUCAAUAAUGGAAGAUGAAAAAGCAGGAACUAACACAAUGCAAGGACCAUACACUAUAGAUCAGCCAAAGACCGAUAUUGAUGGACCAAGUGUUUUGUCGUCCGAUAAUCCCUUGGCAGAGACUUGCUUUAAUUUAAAGAGUAUCAAGGAAUGUUAUCGUAAAAAUGGACUUUGGACCAAGGAUGCAGGAACGAAAAGAACAACACUUCUGCAUGCAGCGGCAGGAUAUGGGUUGCUUUCAGGGGUAGAAUACCUAAUGAGGGAAUGUUCAGUUGAUGUCAACAUAAUAGAUGAGAACAAGUUUGCCCCCUUGCACAAUGCAGUGGCACAUAAACACUAUGAAGUAGUGAAGUGUUUCAUUAAAAAUGGCGCAAAGGUGGACAUUUUGGGUAUGGAUGGAUAUACACCAUUACAUUUAGCAGCUACUAAUGGGGAUCUUGUUAUGUAUAAACUUCUGAAAGAGAGUGGCUGUAAUCCCUUUAUUGAGAAUGUCAAUGGUGAAACACCUUCUAGAAUACUCGAAAUUUUUUAUGAAAGUGUACAGGAAACUGGGAACAAUGUACAGCAAACGAGGGAGGCUGAUGCUAAGGAACAGUGCAGCCAAGGCACAGGGACCAUUGAACAACAGACUAUGAACAAUGUGCAAGAAACUGAACAGCACUCUGAAGUGAAGGUGAACAAACAAGUAGAGAGACAAGAAAUAAGAUACAAUAAACAGCAAGCUACAAAUAAGGCACAAGAAGCUGAAAAUAAAGCACAAGUCGAAUAUGAGGAACAGAAAAAUGGGGAAAUAAAACAAAAGAAUCCAAACAAAGUCCAAGAAGCUGGAAGUUAUGUAAAAAAAAAUGGCAAGAAGUCAAAACGAACCAGGAGGAAGGGCCAACAUGUUAAAAACAAAAUAGAGCAAUCUGGAAAUAAUAUACAACCAACUAGAGGGAUGGCACAGAACAUUGCAAAUAUGAUAAACCCAUCAGACCAUGAAUGUGUGGGUUUUGACAAAAAGGGUGAUGGUGCAAUGAAAAAGGGAUCCAAGAGGAGUGAAACAGCUUUUGUUGCAAGAAAUGGAAAGUGUAGGAAAAAGGAUGAAGAUGCCACCAUUCCAGAUAUAAGUGUCAAACAAGGAAAAAAGAAAGCUAAUGAGACCUUUUUUGGGAGUGACUCAAAAUCAGUGCCUGAUGUUCAAUUUUGGUUAGGGCGUUUUGCCUAUGUAUCAGUGGAAGACACUUGUAGACAAAAUUCAAGCCCUUUACUUCAUGGAGAAAAGCAGAAAAACGAUAGUUUGAGAACUGAUUUGAAAAGACAUCCAGAAUUUAGAAAAGUAAGUGCUACUGUUAGCAGUGCUGAUGAUGCAUUGGCAAGUGGCAUAUCUGUUGAUGAGGAAAAUUGUGGGAUAAAAACUGAUUGUAAAGACGCUGAUCCUCUGCCUGAUUUCAAAGUACUUUAUUAUGAAAAGAAAGAUAACACACAAGAAGAAAAUACAGAAAAUUUGAAUGAAAGUACUCGGACUGGAAUUCUUGAGUAUUUGAGAAGACAGAGAGAACAACCAAGAAAAAUAGCGAGGAAAGGUUUCAAGAGUUCAAAAAAUAUGAAAAAAGCAUCCAAUAGGGAUAAUACAGCUUUUGUUGCACAAAAUGGAAAAUAUAGGGAAAAGGAUCAAGAGGUCACCAUUCUAGAUAUAAGUGUCAAACAAGGAAAAAAGGAAGCCAAUGAGACAUUUGUAGAUACUGACUCAAGAUCAGUGCCUGAUGUUGAAUUUAGGUCAAUGUGUUUCGCUCAUGUAUCAGUGUCAGACACUUCUAGAGAAAACCUUAGCACAGUAUUUUAUAAAGAAGAGCACGACAAUACUUUGAAAACAGAAAUGAAAAAAAAUCCAGAGUUUAGAAAAGUCAGUGCAACUAAUGUAAGCAGUGCAGAUGAUGCAUUGGCAAGUGGCAUGUCUGUUGAUGAAAAGAUUGAGAUAAAAACUGAUUGUAAAGAAGCUGAUCCUCUGCCUGAUUUCAAAGUACUUUUUGAUGAAUAGAAAGAUAACACACAAGAAAAAGAGAAAAAAGAAAAAACGGUGAGAAAAGGUUUAAAGACUCCUAUAAAAAUUGUGGUGUCAAUGAUUGUUAUGAAAAGUAAAGAUCUUUAAGAGAAGAAAAAAAGCUUUAAAACAUAGACUGCUGACAGUGUCUUAUUAAUAAUGCAGUUCAAUGUAAGUGUUGUAUUAUACAAACAUGAUUGUGAAAAUGUACAAUUAUAUUGUAACACUUUGUAAAGAAAUCAUAGGUAUAUUGGAAAAGACAAACUUUUUACUUACAAAUACAUCUUUUCUGUAAAAAAAGUUAUAAUUCUAUGAAACAGCAAUAGUUGUUAAUAUAAUUUUCCUGGUAGUGUUUAUAAUCCUGAAGAUAUAUUUUCUGAAAUUAAUUCAAUAGUGCUGAUUAUACAUGUACUCUCAUAGAUGAGAAGAAUGCCUGUUCAAGUCAAACUUUUAUAUUGGUGGACAGCUUUGCUGCACUUAAACAUGCAUAAUAUAUUAGUUACUGUGAUUUUUUCUCUGUUCUCAUUGUUUGUAAGCUGUUGCUCUUCAAUUGUUACAUUAUAUUUACUGUCAUUUUUUCCUCCCUAUGUGUAAUUGUAAGAUCGUUUGUAAAUACUGGAAAUAUAGUUACAGCUGCUUACAAAAUAAACUUAAGUGUUUACAGUUUUAUGCCUUUCUGUUGAGUCAUUGAGGCAUCAUAAUUGCAGCUACCUGCAUGAUGGCAAGAGGUGACUAAAUGGGUUUCAAUUACUGGAGUCUAAGCAUCUCUAACAUCUAGCAGGUAAAGUGGGUUUGACCUCUGGUGUUGCUUCAGCUUAAAGUUUGUAACACCCGAGGUUAGCCAAAAUCAUCUUUCCUGUUCCGGUGCCAUAUGUCCUAAACUUUGUUGCUGUGCCGUAAAAUCAAAGAAAAAAAAAGUUUUUUGUAAAUUGGCUACUGACUAUCCAAUUGCUACACUAGGAUUUUACAUAGUCACUGGUUGACCUUCUUUACACAAAAUAACAUAUGAGCCACGUCACGACAAAACCAACAUAGUGCGUUUGCGACCAGCAUGGAUCCAGACCAGCCUGCGCAUCCGCGCAGUCUGAUCAGGAUCCAUGCCGUUCGCUUACAAACCCUAUUACAAUUAGAGAAACUGAUAGCGAACAGCAUGGAUCCUGAUCAGACUGCACGGAUGCGCAGGCUGGUCUGGAUCCAUGCUGGUCGCAAACGCACUAUGUUGGUUUUGUCGUGACGCGACUCAUAUGGUUUUGUUUGUGAUACUAUUGACCUGGCAAUCAGUAGUAAAGAUUGGGCUAAUUUUUUCAGUGCUUAAAACUGUUAAAUCUAUUGUGUGAAACAUUUUUAAUAUGACAAGGUUAUUAUUCAAUGUAUUUUAUGUAUUGUUAACUUACCUAGUUUGAUAAAAUUGAUUUAUAUUUGGUUUAUUAAAUUUGUAUUAUAUAUUUUUA